UCCUGCAGCCUGAACUGUCAGCCACGUCACCGCCUCUGAAACAACUUUUCUCCGAGGCGACAACUCAUACCUCCGACUUCAUGACGGGUCUAUCUGUCCGUCUGCGUGCGUUCAGAUAACGAGCCCACGAGCCGCUGCGAGCCGCUGCGAGCUUCUCCUUUUCUUUCUACUGUUCGCUCGUCACUUUGUGCACUUUCGCGGCGGAACAUCUCCCCGGAGGACGUAAGGCCCGCGAGGAGUAGUGCUGACUGCUGAGCCUUAUUUGUUUUAACAGAAACAACAAUGAAUAUCUUCCGUCUGGCGGGAGACGUGUCACAUCUGUUGGCCAUCAUCAUCCUGCUGCUGAAGAUAUGGAAGUCCAAGUCCUGUUCUGGCAUCUCCGGGAAGUCUCAGGUGCUGUUCGCGCUGGUCUUCACCACCAGGUACCUCGACCUGUUCACGGUGUUCAUCUCUCCGUACAACACGGUCAUGAAGGUGGUGUUCCUGGGUCUGGCCUACGCCACCGUGUACCUGAUCUACAUGCGCUUCAGGACCACGUACAACUCUGAGAACGACACGUUCCGCGUGGAGUUCCUGUUGGUGCCGGUUGUCGGGCUGUCCUUCCUGGAGAACUACGCCUUCACCCCUCUGGAGAUCCUGUGGACCUUCUCCAUCUUCUUGGAGGCGGUGGCCAUAAUGCCGCAGCUCUUCAUGAUCACAAAGACCGGCGAGGCCGAGUCCAUCACCACUCACUACCUGUUCUUCCUCGGCCUCUACCGAGCCCUCUACAUAGCCAACUGGGUGUGGCGCUACCACACCGAGGGCUUCUUCGACCAGAUCGCCGUGGUGUCCGGCGUCGUGCAGACCAUUUUCUACUGCGACUUCUUCUACCUUUACGUCACGCGGGUGCUCCGAGGCCGAGGGAAGAUGGGCCUGCCGAUGCCCAUUUAAAGCCAACCCCCCCCCCCCCCUCAUCAUUAUGGAGGCCAACGUGUGUGUGCACUCGAUCUCUGUGCUGUGAUUGGUGCUCGCUGCGUGAGUCUGUAUGCAUACAUGCGCUGUUGUGGUCAGAGACCUAUAUUUGUUUUUUUCCAUAAGAUACAAAUGUCCCUGAUGUGCACGUGGAACUUUAAAGUGAGGCGAGUGAUUAACACGAUAUAUAAACUGUGUAUCUGUCUUUACUUUGGGACCGUUGCGAUGUUGAUCCAGGUAAUUGUACUUCAGGUAGAUCGUAUGUUUGCAGAGUUAAAGCUGGAAAAGGUCCCAGAGUUUCAUCCAAUCACAGACAUGUUCCUCUGAUUUACAAUGGAGACAAAUAUUAUAGUUUUUUUCUAUUUUUUUUCUCCUUCUUUUAAAUAUGUACUCUCCAAGUCAAGUUAAUUUUAUUUAUGUAUCACAAAUCACACAUUUUGCUCUCGGGGCUUCACAAUCUGUACAUCCUAAAAGUGUCUUCCUCUGGGCUUGUGUACCGGUAGACGCUCCCUGAAUAGUUAACGGCAUUAUAUGCAGACGAUGUCUUUCCCCAUUGACAAAUAUGAUAUUUUUUGUAUUUCCCUCUUAAUCGUCUUAUUUGCAUUUCAAUGUAUUUCUUCGUGGGAGGAAAAAGGGCUAAACACUGUCGUGUCUUAAAUGAAGCCAAAUAAGGAACUGAUAACUCAGCUUCAGUCACGCUGUUGUCUUUCCCGGAUUGUUCCUUUGUGUCAGGGGUAUAUAAAAAUGGGAAAAGAAAUGUGGGCGGGGGGGUAAAGCAGUAGAGUGUGUUGAACUUGUGUCAAAGAUAAAUCUCUUUUUUUACACUUGCAAAUGUUUUAGUGCAGUAAAUUGAAUGGCUCACCAUUUAUAUGACAUGACCUUUAUUACAACAUGUGAAUUCAAA